AUGACUGGUAUCGAAAACAAUCUUGGCUUGAUCUAUCAUGCUCGGCGAGAAUACGAUCUCGCCCUGCGAGUUUACGAUCUAUCGUGUUCGAAAAGAUUGCAGUUGAUACCCGAGGACCACGAUGCCUUGAUGAUGACACAGUUCAACAAAGGACGGGCUUUUCUGAUGCUCGGCAAGCUGGACGAGUCAAUGCAGGCCCUGCUCGAGGCCGCCACCUACUUUCGUCAGCCGAUAGUGUGGAAUACUUUGGGAGAUAUCGGCGAUUGUAACAAUACGAUAUGUCAGAUAUACUUUCGAAUAAUGAACGACAUUGGAGAGGUAUAUCUCAGGAAGAACAACGUGGAGCAGGCGGAACACAGCUUUCGGGAGGCAUUCAACGGACAUGAGAAGUAUUUGCAUACAAUGCAUCCCGCAACCUUUGCUGUCCGUGUGAAUAUGGGCAGAGUAUGCGUCGAGCGAUCUCAAUUUACAACCGUAAACAAGAUAUUCGAGUACAUCAUCACGACUUACACGGAGUGGUGGGGAAGAUACCAUGCCGAGACCAUGCGUGUAGUCGGUGAGCUUGCUGAGUCGUAUAUGCGACACGCUAAAAUGAAGCGUAUGAUGGGUGAUGAAGCAGACUGGGAGUUGAAUCAGUCAAUGCAAUUGUGGACAGAAGUACUAAGCUUCUAUGAGGAGAGUUAUGGGCGUAACUCGUAUACUGCGGCUAACUACAGGUUAAAGUUACAGCAACUGCAGUCACUUUGCAGUGAUGUCUCUGAGGACCUGUAUAGCGUGUAUUACUUGCCAUGA